GAGGGCCUGAAGCUGGCACGGAAGGAGGGCUCGCAUCCCCCGAAGAGACCGUCGGCUCUCAAGAAGAGGCACACGGCGUUCAAGUCCGGGGGUCCACCAGCAGAGAAGGCACGGCCGACAGCGACCAAGUCGGCGCCCUUGCAGCCUUCGAGGCCGCAGCCACCGCCCAAGAGGCGGAAGUUGCAGAUCGCCGAUUCGGCCGAUGUUCCGGCUCCGUCCGAAGAAGUGGUUGCUGAGGUAGCGAAGGCUUCGCCUCCGAGUCUGAGGCCACCACCGGCCGCCGCGGCACAGCUGGUCACAAAGGCAUCGCCUGCCGGCGCGGCGGUGACCAAGGCUCCUGCGCCGAAGGCCGUCGUCGUGAAGGCGCUGCCUGCAGGGACAGCCCCUGCAAAGGCGGCGACCUCGAAGGCCGCCGUCGUCAAGGCAAUGCCUAAGGCGCCAGCUGAGGGUAAGGCCGUGGCUACUCCGGCACAGGCCCAGGCAGCGGAGCCCCAGGCUGUUGCGGCCAAGGGCAAGGCUUCUCCGGCCAAAGCCAAGGCAGACUCACAGGCCUCUGCAAAGACCAAGGCCGGAAAGCCGUCUCAGGCGCAGGAGCUCAGAGCGAAACUGGCGGCUUUGAAAGCAAAGGCUGCUAAGUUAGAGCAGAUCGCGAUCCUCCGCGAAGAGAAGGCGCGUCUGGCCCAAACUCAGAAAGAGUUGGAGGCGAAAACGGCCGCCCUGGUCGCGGACUUCACGCCGAGGAAAGUGCCAAAAGCACCCAAAGCCGCCGCAAAGGCGGAGGCAGCGGCCCCUGUGAAAGCCGCCCCACAGGCGCCUGCCGCCCCUGCUCCCCAGGCCGCGACGGCCCCGCCGGUGAAGGCCAUUCCGAAGGAGCUGCGGCAGGCCCAGGCGCUGUCGGAACCGCCGGCACCCAUUGCCGAGGCGCCUGCCGAGGCAGAGGAAGAGGACAUCGACGAUGCAGAUCUCAUGGCUGGCCUUCGGGGCGCCUUCGGAUCUGGGGAGGCGCCAGCUGCUGAUGGCGAAUGCCUGGAGGAAGAGGAGUAUGAGGAAGAGGAGGAGGAGUACGAUCCUUUCGCUGCUUCAGGUGCAGCCGCAUAG